AUGCCGGUAGUAGACAAGUUGCCAGCACUUCUUCGGCAGGACCUAGAAUCUGCAUUUGUAGAUGAUUUAGAUAACGUUUUUGACAUCACCAACUUACGACACUCGUUCAGCCAACAGAAGCUAGAAACAGAGAUGGACCUUAAAAGGAUCAAGAGGCUCAAAGAGAAAUUUAGGCUGAUAAAUGAGCAGCUUGCUUUGCAUCAACUGAAGGCCGUCUCCAUUGAACGACCUCUACCCCAUGGAAACUUGGAAAACUCGCCUUCUCAUGCUCCCGCUUCUUUAAAUGAUCGAAGUUUUAUAAUACUUCAUGAGUAA